CCACAGUACAGACGAUAAUCGGAGAGAGGAACGCUGUCCUGUGCUCGCCAAGAAACCGUGCCCAGUUUCACAUUAGGAACAGCUGCCCCGGGAGUUUUCAACAGAUUUGUGCCAAAGUUUGAUUUUUUUGUUCUUCCCCGAAGUCGGUACUUUGGAAUACUAGGCUAUUUAAAAACGGAAAUCAAUGAAGGAGAGAAGAUCUAGCCAGAAGCUAUCUCUUAAAUCCGGGAUGGAUCCAAGUCAAAGUGUGAAAUGUAAAAUAGUGGUCGUAGGGGACAGUCAGUGUGGGAAAACUGCUUUACUUCAUGUCUUUGCGAAGGACUGCUUCCCAGAGAACUAUGUUCCCACGGUGUUUGAGAAUUACACUGCCAGUUUUGAAAUCGACACGCAAAGGAUUGAACUCAGUCUGUGGGACACCUCAGGCUCACCAUAUUAUGACAACGUGAGGCCUCUAUCCUACCCAGACUCCGACGCCGUUCUCAUCUGCUUUGACAUCAGCCGACCUGAGACCCUGGACAGUGUGUUGAAGAAAUGGAAAGGGGAGAUCCAGGAAUUCUGCCCGAACACCAAGAUGCUGCUUGUGGGGUGUAAGUCGGACCUGCGGACGGACCUCACGACCCUGGUGGAGCUGUCCAGUCACAGGCAGACGCCGGUGUCAUAUGACCAGGGUUCAAAUAUGGCCAAACAGAUUAAUGCCCCCUACAUCGAGUGUUCAGCCCUGCAGUCAGAGAACAGCGUGAGGGACAUCUUUCACGUGGCCACCUUGGCCUGCGUGAACAAGAACGGCAAGCACGUCAAACGGAACAAGUCCAACCGGGCCAAUAAGAGGAUCUCGCACAUGCCCGGUCGACCUGACCUGUCGGCUGUGGCGUCGGACCUGAGAAAGGACAAGGCCAAAAGUUGUACGGUCAUGUGACUGCCUCAGCCCUGCCAGUGUGGAUGUGGUUUUUAAUUUUUAAUUUUUUUUGGAUGCUGGAAGUAGACCAGGGGAAGGAGGAAUUGAGUGCAAAGCAAGCCCCUCUCCCUGAUCUCAAACACAUUUACAAAUGCAUAAAGGGGGGUGUGGUGGUGGUGGUGGGGGAUGAGUUGCACUUUAGAGCAUCUGUCUCACUCUCAGCUGAGGUUCACUUCCUGUUCUGGAGUGCGCAGUGCCCAUCAACUACAAAAAGUGACUUUAUUUGGAGGGAUUUCCAAUGAAACUGCACCCCAUGCCCACCUAUAGGUCAACUUGCCUUUGUGUUAAGGCCUUGAAGUGUCCAUUUUUGUGCUUCUGACUUGGUUACCUAACCACACUCACACAGACACACGCACGGAAGUUGUGUCCCCGUUAUAGAUGUUGCAUCAGGAGGUUGAGGGGAUGAAAUCAGGGUUGCGCACUUCCUCCACACAGGAAAUGUGCAGGGGAAGGAAGUGAUGUCACAGAGCUUUUUUUAAAAUGUGAAAAAUUGGCUUCUGCCACUCCCUACCCCAACUGCUCUUGUUUUGGGGGUGGGGGUGUGUGUGUGAAACUGCUAUGCCUGCAGACAGAAAAAAUGACAGGACUUAUUUCUUGUAUGGGCCCUUGAAACCUACUCUGGGCCAUCAGGCAUAGAACUAAAAUGACAGCAAAUCACUGUGGUUAAAAUUCGGCUUUUUAUUUUUCUUUGGAAUCCAUUUCCCAUCCUUUCAUAGCUGCCAUGGAGAGUUAGUCAGACAUAAGUUGGAAUCUGUUCUGUUGAAACCUGUGCCAUACUUCUGGAUUUGAGCCUUUUUUCAUUUUCAUCCCUGUACCAAUUAUCUUCAUAUUCUCUGCCCUUGUGAUUUUUAACCAAAGAAAAUCUUUAAUGUUAAGUCUCAUUACUUGCUGUUCAUCUUAGCUGUUCUCAAAGGCCCUGCACAAAAGGAGUGUAGUUGGGAGUUCUAGGAAUAUUUAUGCCGUCUCUGAUUGGUUCUGGUCAGCACAGUAUCGUUAGCCUUGCAAGUAGGCUUCUUGAAAAAAUAAAUAAAAUAAAAAUUAAUUUUGUGGCGGUAAUGAUUAAACCAGGGUAUUGUGGGAUAUGUCAGACAGAUCCACUCCAUUGACGUCAGUGAUUGUGUCUGCUGUGCACACUAGCUUGAGUCAAGGAAGUUUCUCAAACAGCCAAUCAGCAGUGAGACUGUCUCAAAAAGGCCUGUCUUGCAGUUCAGUUUCCUUCUGCAAGGAUGUCUUCAGCUAUGCAAUACAUUCAUUUCUCUGGUCCCAAUUGGAAACAAACUUUUGAAUGAAGUGUACUGUUUUUUCUUUUUUUUCUUUUUUCUCUGAAGAACAUGAUACAGCCUUGGUUUCAUAAGCCUGAGUAUUUUUUAAAUUUUAUUUUACUUUAUUUUUUAUUUUUUUUCGUGGAGGCGGUGGGCUGACAUUUUGUUGAAGGCUACACUUUCUUUGAAGUGCCGGAUACUACCCUAUACAUUACAAUAUUCUGCAUAUGCUCUUGUUGCACUUUGAUCAUGUUAGUUUACGCAAAACAGGUGGAAUGAUAUUCCGGUGUGUUCCAAUUCUCUGUACAACUGGAGAUGGCUCUGAAGUGCUUUCAGAAUGUUACAUUUGGAGUCCUCAAGGGCAGUAUUAUCAGCUAGUCGGUAUAUGCUUUCUGUACAUAAGUGUUUUUAUUUUUAUUAAAUUAUGAAAGUCUUAUGUAGAACAUCCUCACUUUUUGAAUGUUUGAAGUCCAUUUGUAAGUCUGUUAAUUGAUGUUUCUGCCGUAUUUAUUGAAGUAUAUAUUUUUUUCUUUGAAAUAAAUGUAAAAGUUUUAAUGUU